GCGGCUUAAGCGCCGCCGCGGUCUGAGGAAUGUCAACUAUUCAACAUGGAGGCGGAGGUCGACAAACUGGAACUGAUGUUCCAGAAAGCUGAUUCUGAUCUGGACUGCAUUCUGUACAGGCUGGAAUAUGAAAUCAAGAACAGUUAUCCUGAUUCAACUGGUGAGAAAAAUCCAGUUACGCUCUUGAAGGAAUUGUCAGCUAUAAAGUCUCGCUAUCAAGCUUUGCAUACUCGGUUUGAAUCAGUUACUGCUGGACAGAAAGAUACGAAGAGUCGCAUUUGUGUUACUUUGACUAAGACUAUGACCAUGAUGCAAGAACUACAAAAGCUAACAGACCUGGAGUUGUCACCGUGGACGGAAGAAGAGAAAACUGCAGAAGACCAAUUAAAAUCUCACAUGGCAAACUUGUAAAGAAAUGGACUUGCAAAAGGGAACUCUAAAGGAGGUCAAUUCCACAGAACUUUAGGAAGCUGUUUUAACACUUGCUGUCUAUGAAGUAUAGGGGCUGGUGAGGUUUGGAGUAGAUGGCUAGAGACUGAUGCCUUUUAUGAAAGGGGAUAUAAGAAGAAACAGCAGACCUUAAAUGAAUAAAGUUCAGCCAAAAGGAUGAAAAAGCAAUAAAUGGAUUUAAAAAUUAUAUUCCCACUUAGGCUUGUGAUUUUAGGCAGGAAAAUCUUUGAAAACUAUUUUGCAUCUGUUUUCUUUUUGUAUAAUUGGGAUGCAUUUGUAGUUAUCAUCACCUAUUGUAAGGGAUUUUUUUGUACUAAUUGUGAGCAUGCUUUUAAAAUAAAAGAUGAAAUAUUUAUAUUA